AUGUCUGUAUUACCUGGGCCAUCGCAAGCAGUCGCCGAGCUGCCCUCAAUCAGGGGCCUGAAGGUCCCCAAAAUUCGUCCACAGGACCUUGGGCUGAAGAUCUAUCAUGACCCCCAAGAUGCUGAUGAGAUAAUAGCCGACGUCGUUGCGGUUCACGGCAUCGGAGUUGAUCCCACCAAAACAUGGACUCACCCUGCCACCAAAAAGAAUUGGCUUUCCGAUAACACGAUGCUUCCACAUGACCUCGGCAAUGCACGCAUCAUGUCUUUCGGGUACAACUCGGUUUGGUAUGGCGAGGAUGCAGUCAAGCAAUCGCUUCAAGGCGUCGCCUCUAAGCUUCUUUAUGCACUGGGAGAUAAACGACAGAGCUGCUUGCACCGCCCUAUCCUCUUUAUUGGGCACUGUUUCGGAGGGCUCGUUAUCCAAAUGGCCUACACAAUGGCGUUGCUCCAGUCCCAGGAUUGGCCUCACCUGUUUGAGUCAGUCAUUGGGUUGCUAUUUCUUGGAACGCCUCACUACGGUAUCACCGAAAGCUCCUAUUUGAACACACAGGGCCAGAUCUAUCAAGCUAUUGUUGCGGCAGAGUUGCUCAUCGAGGAUAACGCGCUUCACACCAUGGCUCACGAUAACGACCUGCUGAGAGACACCGUAGUGGCCUUCACGAGGAAAAUAGCUACUGUCGAGCCUAAACCAAUACUUUUCUGUUUCUACGAGGAGAAGCCAACCAAGGUUGGGCUCAUUAUUGGGCAAGAUACAGCACCAGAGUUUGUCGUCAACAAGACAUCGGGCAUAUUGUCCGGAUGCGAGAACGAGGGCCUUUCGCUGGACCACUUCCACAUGAACAAGUUUGAAGACAGCCAGGACUACCAUUACCUAUGCGUUAAGCGUGAAAUCCUCAAGAUGGUCAAGAAAUUUCAAGACAGGGAGGAACCAGUGUCGGAGGGAUCUCCCAAGCUUGAAUUACACCGCAGCAUGCCAAGACUAGGAGCCCCCAUCGCCGCCGAGUCCAACUUUGCUCCACGGGACCAGAUUAUCCAGAAGCUGGAGUCUCUUUUCAAGAGAAAGAAGCUCGUUGCGCUAUAUGGAGCCUCGGGAAACGGUAAAACCCACAUUGCCGUGGCAUAUGCUCACGAGUAUAACAAGAGCCAUCCCGGGUGCAAUGUCUACUGGGCCAACGCCAAUAGUCUCGAAGAACUUGAAUCUUCGUACAUUCGGAUUGCGGAACGCCUCAACAUGACUUUGGAUAACGGAGGAAAUGUAAAUGUUAUACAAGCAGUCCGUCAUCGUCUGAAAAAGGAGCCCUUUUUGAUGGUACUCGACGGAAUGGACAGUGAAGCCUGCCUACCCCUUGUCGAUCUCAGCUCUGAAGAGCCGUUGUCCGACCUUGUACCCCCUACCAGCCGGGCCAAUUUCCUGGUUACCACUCGAUCUAAAGCGGUAGCCACACAUCUAGUAAAUGGAAAAGCAAAAUAUGUCAUCGAGGUGAGCCCUGUUGACCAUGACGAUGCCUCGCACAUUCUCCUUGGUAAGGUGUCCAAGGAUCCCACUAGAAGACAGUCGGUCGACCAGAUAUCCAAGAUUCUAAACGGCUCUGCGGGGGCCCUCGCAAUGGCAACCUCUUACCUCAAUCAUGCCGGCAAGGCAAUUAAUCGCAAGAUGUACCUAGAGAAGCUCAACUCGAGACCACCUGAGCAGUCGGGAGCCCUACGUGCCUGGGAACUGCUACACGACCUCAUCAAGCGGAAGCACAGGGAGACAGUGGACACAAUGCUCAUCAUGUCAUGCUUGGAUGUGCAGUGUAUACCUAGCGAGCUCUUUGAAAGAAGUGUUGUGCAAGAGUACUUACCAGUCCUGGAGGAGCAUUGCAUCGUGGAGCCAUCGACAGACAGGCAGCUGUUUACUAUAACGGCCAUGUACCGUGAUCUAGCCCAGCAGUGGCUUGCUAAUGAUGGUCAACAGAGGGAGUGCAUCGAGGACCUGGCCCUGGACGCCGUCCGCAAAAGGUUCGGCGAGGACACGAGUGAAACUCUUCUUCCGUGUCUCUUGGCAGCCUUGAAACUACAGCAUGUUUCAGUCCGAGGCAAACGCACUCAGUCUGCCUUGCUCUUCUGCGCUGCAAAGCAUGACAUGGACCGAAACAACUACAAGAGGGCGUUACGACAUCUCGAGCAAUGUCUUGCCAUGCAGGAAGCAGACGCAGAUGUUGCUGACAAGUCGACCCUGAUAGCGAAAACGAGGCAAGCGAUUCAACAAGCAAAGGCCGGGUUGUCUCGGACCAACGAGCAGACAGCAACGGAUAGCAAAGAUCCAGGCGCCAAUGUUGCAGCGACCCAGAUGCAACUAUUCAAUCCAGCCGACGCACCAUGGAGUCAUCGUGAUACGGGUCGUGGAGUCAUGUCGCUCGACCAAGACCGCGACGACUACAACCAAUGCAUCGAGACGGUCGAACGCGAUUGCAAGCAAGGACUUGAUCAGGCCGCCAAAGGGCGGUACCAGAGAGCAGAGAAGCUUUAUCGCUCUGCCCUCCAAGUUCUCCGUUCGCAAAUGAACCCCGCGCACCCUGAAAAGGUUCUCAUGAUACUGCAUCUGAAGAUCCUGAGCUGUUUGGCGGGCAUGUACUGCUCCCAAGGGCAGCUCAACGAGGCUGCAGAAAUCCUUGGAGCCGUGCUGCCCGAGCAGGAAGAGAUUCUGGGCAAGAACCACCCGGAGACGUUGCUGACGCGAAACGACCACGCCCUGUUGCUGCAGGACCGUGAUCCAGACGCGGCUGCUCGCGAGCUACGAAGGAUUCACAUGGCACAGGUGCAAGUGCUCGGCCGUGAUGACUCGGCCACUCUCCGGACCGAGUCGAACCUCGCCUUGAAUUGCAAGCUGCAGGGCAAGAUGGACGAAGCCAAGACGCUCUAUGAAGACGUGUUGCACAGGCAGAAGCGGGAGCUCGAGGAGAACCAUCCCGAUGUCCAGGCGACGCAACAGAUGUUGAAGGAAUUGCUGGAAAAGGGGGCAAGCAAAGGCGUAAUGAGCACAUGA